UUUCUAUCCUUUCUUUGAGUAAAAUACACUCCAAAAUGUGGUGCCCAUUGAACUCCAAACAAACACUUUGGCCCCUAUAGCCAUUUCUUGAAUUCUUGGCUCUGCUUUGCCACAAAUUUCCAAAUUCAGACAAACAAAAACUAGAUUGAUGGGCAUUAAAAAAAUCUUCGUUUUCUUCAUUCUCAGUCCCACACGAUUAGUUUAGUUCUUUAACUUGCAUGUUGUGUGAUGCAAUCCUGUAACUGAAUUGUGUUUCUGAAUAAAACAUGUUCAUAACGGAAACUCAAACUGUCUCUUACUCAAUGCGGUCUGUUUUUUUGAACUGUUGAAUGAAUUUCAUGAAAGAAGAUUGAAACUUGAGCCCUUUUAGUGUUUAAUCUCAGUAGCCAUGAUUAUCCCUUUUGAUUUUAAGGAUUUUCAAGACAAGUUCUCCACAAAGUUGAGGCCUUGGCAGCGUUCUUUUGAGUUCUGGGCUCGGACAGCUGAUAUCUAUACUGGAUAUAAGGUCUAAAUUUCAUGUCUUUUUUCUUGUAGAGAAACGAAGUUUUGUUUGUGAAUUUGGGAAUUUGUAUGUACUUUUCCUUUAAUUUUUUUCAGGUCUUUCAACUUAGAGUCAGCUUUGAGAAGGAUGUGAAGAAGCAGGAAGCAAUGUGGGAGAGGCAGCAUGAGCUUGCUGCUGACAAGAUAUAUAACAUGUGUGCUGAUCUUGGUGGGUUUUUUCUGAAGGUUGCUCAAAUCAUUGGAAAGCCGGACUUGGCACCAGCGGCAUGGGUGAGAAGGCUUGUAACACUGUGUGAUCAAGCGCCAGCUACCCCCUAUGAUGUGAUCAAGGUUGAGCUGGAGAAGGAGUUGGGACAAAGUUUUGAUGAGUUAUUUGAAAGAUUCGAUGCUAAUCCUCUUGGUUCAGCAUCAAUUGCACAGGUUCAUAAAGCACGGCUCAAAGGUGACAGGAAAGAUGUUGUUGUGAAGGUGCAACAUCCAGGGGUUCAGGAUUUGAUGAUGACUGACAUCCGUAAUUUGCAAGCUUUUGCACUGUUCAUGCAGAAGACUGAUAUUAAAUUUGAUUUAUUUUCUAUAACCAAGGAAAUGGAGAAACAGAUUGGAUAUGAGUUCAACUUCCUAAGAGAGGCUGAUGCCAUGGGAAAAAUUCGGCAAUUUUUAUACGAGAAAAACAAAACAAGCCCUGUCAUAGUCCCUCGUCUGGAGCGAAAUUUAGUCACAAGAAAGGUUCUCGUAAUGGAAUUCAUUGACGGAAUUCCUAUAAUGAAGCUUGGAGAUGAGAUUGCCAAGAGAGGCAUAAAUCCUGGUGGUAAAGUAGCAGCAGCUGCAAAACAGAACAUCCUCAAAAGUUUGACGCUUGCAUAUGGACAAAUGAUUCUGAAGAGUGGUUUCUUCCAUGCUGAUCCACAUCCAGGAAAUAUUCUGAUUUGUCAAGGCUCUAAGGUCGCUUUGCUUGAUUACGGGCAAGUGAAGGAUCUUCCUAAUGAGCUUAGGCUAGCUUAUGCUAAUCUUGUCCUAGCAAUGGCUGAUAAUAAUCCUUCAAGGGCCAUGGAAAGCUUCAGGGAACUUGGCAUCAUUACCUUGAGCAAAACUGACGAUGGCGAAAAGGAAUUGCUGAAAUUAGCAGCAAAUAUGUUUGACACAAAACUACCUCCUGGUGUUACAGUGUUGCAGCCUUUUUCUGAUGAUUCUUCAUUGAAAAAGUUAUCUGUUCAGGCUUUUCCAGAGGAAUUGUUUUCUGUUCUUCGUACGGUGCAUCUACUGAGGGGACUCAGUGUUGGUUUGGGGAUCAAUUAUUCCUGUGCCGAGCAGUGGAGACAUAUUGCUGAAGAAGUUCUUCAUGACGCGGGCAGGCUAACAGGUAAAUUUCUAUCUUAGAAAGAAUCAAAGAAGGUAUCUCCAGUACCUAACAUCUUUGUAAGUAUAAAUUUCUUUACUGGGGUUUCAUGUUAGUGUGUAGUUGGGUCUGUAAUCGCCUGCUAGUUGAUUUUUGUCACUCCAAUGAGAUUUGGUCAAUGGUUGAUCCACUUACUCUGUUUCUCAUUUCCAUCUUGACGUUAUUGUUUUUCAGUAAUUUUCAUUUCUCAGUUUGAUAAUGGUCUAGGUAUAUAGUCAUCUUCAUCAUGCUAGCUUCAUUGUUUUAAACUUCGUGGCCGGGAACCAUCCCAUGGUUAUUGCUUCUUAGCUGUACUCAUUCCAUUAAUUCCUUGAUUUAUGCUUUGCAGUAAUAAAUCCUAAGAUGCGACAGAGGCGUGGAUUACGAAGGUUGUUUCGAAGACAGUAAAUUGUAAACAAUAAUAUCAGCCAGUACUGUACCUUUUUUUAUUUUUAUUUUUUUCCCAGUUAGGCACAAUUUUGGUUGCAGAGGAGAUCAGGUAUGAUAUAACUAUCUGCAUUUUUCCACAAAGAGAAGAUGACUCGAGGAUUCCCGAUAUGAAAAUGUCUCGAGCUUCCAACUUGGGGGUUAAUGCUUAUGGGAUGGCAAAGAAUUAGUUUGGCCUAGCUAGAGACAAGGAAGAUUGAACUGAUCUUCAAUUUUUUCCUGCCAUCUAAAUUUUGUUUUGGCAGCAGAAUUUGUUCAUCAUUUUGUUUGUGUAGCUAGAUACUCGGCUUUUUCACAGAGUUUUUUUUCCUUAAAUAUACUUGCACAUUAAGGACCUGGACAAAAAUAGAUCUUCUAGAAAUUUUGUGGACAAAACUAUAUGCCACAGAUUUCUGAAAUCCGAAUCAGAUUUGCACUCGGAUUUCUAAAAUCCGAAUUAUCGAAAUCCAAGUUUAUAUAAUGUAAAUUUGACAUUAAGUUAAU